AGGGUAUUGCAGUUGCUAGUAGCAGCUGUAGGUUGUCUUGUGAAGUGGGUUGGUUGCUGUGUUGGUGCUGUUGCAAUGAAAACACCAGCAGUUGAUGGAGAGACGGGAGCCAGUUCAUUAAUUACUAAGAUUUCAGUGGUAUCCUUUCUGACCUGGUGUCUGAGAUAAGUAUGAGGAGGUUCCAGGCGGUCAGAGGGGUUUGCUGUACCGGAGAAAUCAUCCCUGGUUUCUGCACGCUGCCUGUUAACACCCUUCACUGAGCAGUGCUUUGUGGGCCAUAUCACAGGAGGAAUUUGUCUUCAUGAAGAUUCCUGACAUUGGUAAUGUGAUGAAUAAAUUUGAGGUCCUUGGGAUUGUAGGUGAAGGAGCCUAUGGGGUGGUUUUAAAGUGUAGACACAAGGAGACCAAUGAAAUUGUGGCCAUCAAAAAGUUCAAGGACAGUGAAGAAAAUGAAGAAGUUAAAGAAACAACGCUGCGGGAGCUUCAGAUGCUUCGGACCCUGAAGCAGGAGAACAUCGUGGAGCUCAAGGAAGCCUUUCGCAGACGAGGGAAGCUGUACCUGGUCUUCGAGUACGUGGAAAAGAACAUGCUGGAAUUGCUAGAAGAAUUGCCAAACGGGGCCCCACCUGAGAAAGUUAGAAACUACAUCUAUCAGUUAAUUAAAGCAAUCCACUGGUGUCACAAGAAUGAUAUUGUCCACCGAGAUAUCAAACCGGAAAAUCUUUUAAUCAGCCACGAUGACGUACUGAAGCUGUGCGAUUUUGGGUUUGCUCGCAACCUGUCCGAAGGCAGCAAUGCUAACUACACAGAGUAUGUGGCUACCAGGUGGUAUCGUUCUCCAGAGCUGCUGUUAGGAGCUCCCUAUGGGAAAGCUGUGGACAUGUGGUCUGUGGGUUGUAUUCUUGGGGAACUCAGUGAUGGGCAGCCACUGUUUCCUGGUGAGAGUGAAAUCGAUCAGCUCUACACCAUUCAGAAAGUCCUGGGGCCACUGCCCCCUGAGCAAAUGAAGCUCUUCUACAGCAACCCUCGCUUUCACGGACUGCGGUUCCCUGCAGUAAACCACCCCCAGACACUGGAGAGAAGAUACCUUGGGAUAAUCAGUGGUGUCAUGCUUGAUCUUAUGAAGAACUUGCUGAAGCUAAACCCAUCAGAGAGAUACUUGACAGAACAGUGCUUAAACCACCUUGCCUUCCAAACCCAGCGCCUUUUGGAUCGUGCUGGAAGUUCGUCACCUGCACGCUCCUCCAAGAAGAAGACCUAUCACGGGGAGAACUCCUCCUCCUCCUCCAACAGAAACCAUGGAGGCAAAAGCGGGGGCUCGCAGGCACACCACAGAUCGAACAGCAAGGAUACACAUAGCCUACCACGGAGUGAGGACCACCACCAAACCAACGACAUCUAUCUCAACGGGAACCUGGCCCCCACUGCCGCUAUCAGCCCCACACAGCACCCCAAGAACUACCAGCAGCAUUCCCUCAACCGCUCCAUCUCCAGUAACAAGGACCUGGCCAACAACAACUUGCCUCACCUCCUUAGCCCCAAGGAUGCCAAGGGCAAGACAGAAUUUGAUUUUAAUAUUGGCCCAAAAGCCCCCGACGGCCCCGGCCCUGGCCCUGGCACCAAGUACCUAAAGUCCAGCUCCCGCUCCAAGCAGAACCGACAUUCAUUAAAAGAAGGCAAGACUGGAACCCUCCAGUCGGGGGAGAAGUACAACCGCCACAGCUACAUGGAGACCAUGCAUGGCUCUAUGCCUCCUCCUUCAAAGAACAUGCCAUCCUACCUGACCCUCUCCAAGAGCCACGGGGCCCUCACAGACUCCAAGUCAGUGGGGAACCUCAGUGAAGCUCGGAUGCAUCUGGAGGAUCCCAGCUCGCGCUACUUCCCCUCCAGCUGCAUGGACCUCAACUCUCCCAGCAGCCCAUCAGCGCCCCGGCACAGCGACAACCGGCCAGCAGUCAGCCCCUCCGUGAGGAGCAACCGCAUGGAGAGCGGCACUCUGGACUCCCGGCGGCCACCCACUCGGCAUGCAAAGAACCUGGAGGAAAUCAAGUCGCCCGACCACAUAGAUGGCGGUGGAGGGCAUUCUCACUCUCUUUCGGCCCCCCAUGAGUCCUUCCCCUAUGGCCUGGGCUACACUAGCCCCUUCUCCUCCCAGCAGCGGCCACACAGGCACUCCAUGUAUGUGCGGCGGGAGCGUCCCCGGGGUCAGGGCAAUGACACAGGCCUCACAGUCGUCCAGGGAAUGCCGACCCGAGCCAGCAGCCUGCAGCUUCUCUCCCCGCAGCUGCAGCACAGGACACUAAACAUGCUCUCUUCGGGAUCCUCGCGGGAGGACUGCACCGAUGACAAGAGCAGGAGUGACCAGUCCCCAACAGAAGGGAACCUCUCGCGACCCCCGAUUAAAGAUUCUUCACGGGACAACACAGCAUCAUUUCACUCACAGCGGCAAAAAGCUGAGGGGGGAGUAUACCAUGAUCCAUACCCAGAAGAUGGGGCGUCCUCAAAGGAAAACAGGCUGAUGUAUACGGACUCCAUUCCCAGAAGAGUAGGGAGCUUUUACAGAGUUCCAUCACCCAGGCCAGAGGGAACAUUCCAUGACAACUCAGUUCAGAGCAAGGCUUCUGCAGUCCCAGUGGAAAGCAACUUAAUGUCUAAUCACUCAAAGAGACAAACUGCCUUUGAUCCAUGGAAAAAUUCAGAGGAUAUUACCAUCAGUUCUGCAGAGCCAUUAAAGGAGAAAGAAAAGCAGGGAUUCUUCAAAGCAAUAAAAAAGAAAAAGAAGAAAUCACAAACGACAGAAAACAACGAUGGAAAGAAUCCCAGCAUCAAGAAAUGUCUAUUCCCUCUUUUUAAUUCAAAGAAUAAUAUAAAGCAUAGCUCUUCCAUGAAAGCUCUUCCUGUAGUCACUUCGCCUAUGGUACCCGGCAGUGAUGGUCAAGAUCACCUGGCAAUACAGAAGGCCAUCCGAUCUACUCAUCAAAGCAGCAGACACAGAAGCAGGGAUCGGGACCUAGACCGAGACAGGGAGAGGGACAGGGACAGGGACAGGGACAGGGACAGGGACAGGGACUGGCAUCCUGAUAAGAUGACAGAAGUCCAUUCUCAGAGCCAGCCAUUGAGGUCCCUCCGAAAGCUCCUCCACCUCUCUUCCUCCACCAACCACUCGGUCCCUUCUGAACUGCGCUUCCAGCCCCUUCCAAACCAGCCAUCUAAAGGGGGUUUUAGUGAAAGCCGUGGGCACCCCAGCAGUGGCUCCUCACAAUCCAAGAACAGGCAGACCUUCCAGCUGCCAGGACAGAUGGAGCCCGGCUGGCAUGUGCCGGCUGUGAAUCGCAAAAGCGGCGACGGGACCCCCUAUCCUGACCAAAUGCCUCCACAAGGCAGCCAGAAUGGGCACAGCUUUAGCCGAUCGUCUCGUUCCCGGAUGCCAAACCUCAACGACCUGAAGGAAACAGCCCUGUAGUAUCAUCCCCACCACUCCCCUUUUAGGGCUAGACACAUUCACUAUGCAAAACCACUCUGUGCCCAGUCUUGUUUUAUAGAACUACCAAGUUUAGAGGUGUCUAAGUGGACAGCAGUCUGAUCAAUCAGGGCAAUGCUAACAUAUGCUUUGACCUGAUAAAGUAAAUGGUUCUCUUCCCACUGGUUCAUCACUUAAAGGCAUAUAGACUCUCAGGUGAGACUUAUUACUGGUUGUAUAACUCCUGUAAUUAGUCUUGAUUAGUUCAGAGCAGAUUAAGAGAGAGUCUGAUUGCUGAGAUUGCUGGCAGUGGCAUCAUUAAGUGACAAAUCAAAUCAGCUUGUUUUAAGCAAAGCAGGACUAGGUGCAGGGCGAGUGAAUCUUUCUAGCUCUGUCCCUUUAAUAUUGUGUUUGUUGAUUAGGAGACAAAACUAAAGUCAGGCUUCUGAAGCAGGUGUACCCUUUCCUCAAGGGUGAAGAUCUAUAUGUAUGUCUUAAUUUUUUUAAGCUUCCAUAUUUAAUAGAAUUUGUAAUAUUAUGUAUGAUGUUCUAAUUAUUACUUUCUUGUUAAAUUAUAAAUAGGUUACGGUUUAAAAAAGUAACAAUAAUUAUAAAAAUAAGGCCAUUUUAAAACAUUGUGGAUAAAAGAGUGCAACAGCUUUAGUUUAUACACAAAGAAACCCAGUAACAAGUUAUAUAUUUCAUCAGGCGUGUUUAUUCUAAAUAUUAACCUAGGUUUUCAGAACAAGUAUUGUAAUGACCAUAUAAAGUAUGCCAUGCCUUUUUAUAACCUUAACACAGUGACUUGGAGGCCUGUUUUCUGUCACAGAAGCAGGCCUACAUUCUGGUGGGUGCUAAUAACUGCAGUUAUAUACUAUAAUAUUUAUUUCAUAGGUCUUUUAUUAGGAGCUGUGGGGUUAGUAGACUGGCAAUGGGUGAUCAAAGAGGGUCUAUUAUAAUGGUCUUAAAGACAGGCAGAUCUUAAAUCCACCACAAAUAUAGAAACCUGCUCUAUUGCUGACCUCAUUAUACUUGUGUUUAGUGAUGUUUCAUCCUUGUUGAAACACCAGCAGGAUUGAAACAGUUAAAUAGGCAGUUUUAAGAUCCACCACUAUUUAGAUCACCAGCCCCAAUUUAUCUACACAGACAAAGAAUUGAAUAAGCUAAUCUUUUUACUAUAGUAGUUCACAGCAUUACACAGAGCAGGACCUGAUAAUCAGGGGGUCUCUGAAUGCUUAGGCACACACAACCUAAUAGUGCAACCUUGCCUUAAGCAAAACGUAUUUAUUUGUGGCUUGCUGGGCCACCAAGGUCACACUGUUACCAGCGUACUGUGUCAUUUUCUGGGACAACAGAUUAUGAAUAGGUUGUGAAGACUUCAUAAGCGAUUGCUUAACGACAAGAUCAGAUCGGUACCAUGCAUUGUUAACCCUGUACAUUAAUGAUCAGUUAUAAUAACUAAUACACCUUGAAAUGUGUUGAAAAGAAAGCUGCAUUGUACGCUUGUUAAUAUGAACAGGCUACAGCAAUAGUGUUAUAUAAAGGAGGUAAGGUAUUAUAAUAAGCUUGAUAAUUACUUUUCACAACACAAAGCUUUCCACUAGUAUUGUGUAAUCAGAUAUUGUGAUAUUUGAAUACCAUGUUAUAGACGUAUCUUAAUGGUUCCUUACACUGACGUGUAAACAGUACAUUUGCUUGAAAGGACAUUAAACAUUUUGAUUUUAUAAAGACUAGCAGCUGUGCAUUUUACAGCUAAUUUCCCCCAAAGUUUAUACAUAUUUUGUUUAAAUCAUGUAUGACCAAUCUUUACUCAGCAGUCUGUGACAGAAAACAACCACAAUCGGUGCUUUGGUUGCUAGAACAAGUGAUAACUGGUCGAACUGUAUUUUAUGAAAAACAAACCUAGCUCAGUAAAGUCUUUAUCAAUUUCCUUGAAGAUGCACUUUAAAUACAGGCUUCAUAGAGUCAGAAUACCAACUUUAUUUCUCUUCUCUUUGUAUUAAGUGAUAUAUACACAUGAUUUAGUUUCUGCCUGACCUGUAUGGCAGACACAGACUUUUGUAAUGUAUGUAUUGUGUUCAGAUGUGUUAACUAAAAGUGUGUGUGUGUGCGCGUGUGUGUGUAUGUAUCUGCUGUUAUAUUUUACAGAGGUUCAUGUCUUUUCUAAUUGUCACAUUGAACAACAUAGUGUAUUAUAUUAAUACCAAUGUGUGAUCAUUUCUUUGGUAAGUAUUUAUAAAACUUUAUAGACAAACUUUAGUGAAAGCUCCAAAAAAACAAAAAGGGUCACUUUUAUCCAUUUUCUUUGAAGGCACUUUGAUUUAAAAAAUUAUAAAAAUGCGUUUUAUCUGUGUCUGCCUGUGCCAGAAAGAAUCAUAAAUAAAAACUGGGAUUUCUUUAUUUUGUAUUUUUUUUUUUAUAUAUAGUUUUCAGGGAUAGCCAAAAAGAUAACUAAAGGUUUAUUAAGUUUUUUCUUCUUUUUUUUUUUUUUUUUUUUUAAAGCUGCAUCAGAGUAUUAGAAGAAGCUAAUGAGUUGAUUGUUGGCUUUUUAACUUAAUACAGAGCCUUGUCAUUAGUAAAUAUAAGGGUUUCUAUAACUUUGCUGGCUUAUGUAAAGUUGUCACAAAUGUCAAUCUUCUUACAGAUCAUUUUACAGUUGCUGCUUUCCAAUAUUGAAAAAGUAGUAAGAAGAAUUUUUUUGUUUUUAAUUGAGUAGAAUACAUUGCCAUAUGAUGCGGUAUCUGAAAAGAGAAGGGCAGAUCACAUCGAACACUGUCAAAAAAUGUUACUUUUUAAAUGGACAAAAAAACCCAAGAACUACGGCUGAGAUCUUUUUAACAGUUCAGCCACAUUUUGCUGAUAGAACUUCCAAAAAUGUCUUUGAGACACAAAUAUGUUAAGGAUAAUUGGAACUGUGUAAAGUGGUUAUGUAAACAGAAUUGUUGUUGGGAUUUCAAAUGGCCUGGUGGUCAGGAAAUUACACUGUAUGGGGACAACUUAAAAGAGAGCUUGGCGUAGUCCUGAAGGGGUUAACGAUCCUCGUGAAACCCUCACGUACAGUAGGGGACAGUGUGCUCGUUAAAAUGGUCUGCAAAACAGGACCCAGGGCAGUGAAAACCCAGCUUAAGAAUCUGACCUGCAUGCGGGAGAAUUCAUUCUUCACACAUUGACGGCCCUGUUCACAAAACUCCAGAGUUUUUAAAGUCUGCUCUAGACUUGCUGGUUUAAAUCACUCCCUGCUGGCAGACCUGGGGUCCAUUACAUUGUAAUUGUGUCAUUUGUGAUUCAUUGCAAUUACAAUGUAAUUAGAGUUGAACCUUGGCACACCUGCGGAAUUGCAUUUGUAAUUCUAAUUAUCAUUACCAUAGAAUUGAUUAAUUACACACCUUUACAAACUUAAUCAUUCACAGUUCCAUGUUGUGUUUUACAUUGAGCAAACAUUAUUCUUGUAUUUUCAACUACUUUUAGUGACCCCAUUUGUUUGAGAAAAUGUUAUACAGUAUGUUUCUGUAUUUGUACCUGUGAUUACUGCUUGGUAGAAUAAACAGAGUAAACAUGUUAAUUUGUGGAGCUAUUUAUGUUACUUUUUAGUGUAAUUGGAAUUAUAAUUCAAAUUACUGCAGGAUAAUUGUAACUAAUUGUAAUUGAACAAAAUGGCAUUGUAACAGUAAUUGCAAUUUCAGCAAACGAUCAUGUUGUAAUUGUGAUUAUAAUUAGAACUGACCCCAGGUCUGCCUGCUGGUUUAGUUUGGUUAGUAUUAAUCUUGGUCUGCGUAAUGUUACUUUAAGGUAAGGUAGUCUUAUUUUAGGUAAGUUUUGUUCUAAUCAGGGUCUGUGAAACAAGCCCUCAAAGUGCUUUUAAUUUUUCGCAAGGUAAACAUUUUGUUCUAAAGUUUUUAACAUCGACCCCAGGGAUCAUAAUUAAGGUCAUUAGUGCAAAUCCCACUUUUUAAUUUUUUUUUUUUUUACUUUGAUUUCUGUUGUAGACUUUAAGGGUGUUUGUUUUUCAUUAUUAUUUUUAAACUUUAUCCUUUACUACAGCUGAUAAUGAAGUAGGAUUCCUAGCUUGCAAAAAUAUGUUACAAUCUACAAAAGUGUGGAUUAAAUAUUAUUUUCAGUAAAUUAGAUUGUACCUGAUUGACAUAUAUGGAAUGAGGUUGAGUCACACCCUUUUUGUAGUAUUUGUUGAGCUCAUCCCAUUUAAUUUGACACACUACCGUAUUUGUUGCAAUAUAACGUGCACCCUUUUACAAAUAUUAGUGUGUUAUAUACCGUUUGUGUGCUUAUACCAUGUCGGUAUGCAUUAUAUUUGGGUAAUAGUAUUCUAUAUACAGUAGUCUCUGGCUAAGAGAACACCCCUCAGGAAGCAAACAAAGUGUUCUUAUAGUCGAAGUGUUCUCGAAGACGGAGUUAGGCACCAGACACAAUAUGAAUCGAUAAAUACAUAUGUAUUACUUGUCAUGACGCACGUGCAUCAACAUAUGAAAUUAACAGAAUAAGUAAGAAAAGAAAUAGGCAAGUGUAUGUUAAUAAACUAUAAUAAUAAAGUAACAGAUAAACUAACUGUCAAACUAAAUUAACAUUAAUUUAGUUUGACAGUAAUUAGUUAGCAAGUUAAAAAAACAGUACUGUAUGUGAACGAAUCGCUAGUGGUGCCAAAAAGGUGUUUUUUAAGCGAAGUUCCUGUAACUAGGCAGAGCAUUUCCAAUGGGAAAAUUCAGUUUCACCACAAGGGUGUUCUCUUAGCUGAAGUGUUCUCUGAGGAGGUGUUCCUGUACGCGGAGACUACUGCAGUAUAAUAUGGUGUUUGUGAUAGGGUAGUAUACAGGAGGUGCACAUUAGACAAGGUAACCCAUGAAUGCUCAGUCAAGCGCAUUAUAUGUGUUUCAAAAAUUACUGUUUGAAGUUCUUACUGUUUUUAACUUUAUUUUCACAACUGCGAAUAUGCACUAAAAAGGUAGAGAUCCAGGAGAAUCCAGAGGUUGUAGUGUUCCAAGUCAAGUGCUUGUGAGGUCUCCCGUUUCUCUGUAGCGCUGAAUGUAAUGUGGCAGCCACACUGCUGGUUCAUCAAAACCUGACUGUGUGUUCCAGAACUGAUACAAAGCAGAACACCUUUGUAGAGUGUUUAUAAAGUCCAUGUGUAUCAUGUGGUUUUCUUUUUAUUCUUUUUUUCUUUUCCCUUAUUUGUACAGUGUACCUGGCAUGUUUUCACUUCUUGGCUUAUGUACAUUUAUAUUGUCACUGUAUAGAAUAAUAAUAAUCACCAUGUUUAUAUAACCAGUGGUUGGCAUGGAAAUUGUUAAUUUUUACUAACACAAUGUAUUUUUGAAUGGACAUUGCAAAACGUGUCUUUAUUAAACGCAGGUUUUGCACUAUAA